AAAAGGAAUUUUUUAAAGGUUCAUCCAUACGGAACAGCAAUGAUUUUAAUGUCGCUCUACAAAAAAAUGUGAAGGGUCUUACCGAGUAUUGAUGACAAUUUUCGUUCAUAAUAACUUAGUCUGAAGCUAAAAUAAAUCACAUAUUCUGAAAGUUCUUGACCAGUUCUACAAUUCUGACUUAAAAAUAAUUGAGAAAAAAACGGAAACUGACAGAAAAAAAAAGAUUUUCUUUCUGCAGGCGGCGCUAAAAUCCAGGUUUUUGAAACUGUGGCUACAGUUUCUUUGGAACUAAAAGAGAUAGAGCCUUGGUUUUUUCACAAGUGAAUGACCAAACAUAGACAAGUAGAAAGUAGAACAAAAAAAAUUAUCAAAAUCGGUUCAGUGGAAGCUGAUUUAUAGCCGGUGCACUCUUUCGGAUACAGCGGUACAAUGAUUGUGCUCUUCGCUCAUAUAUAGAUCAUAAUUCACUCUUCGAACAUAUGACCGUUCUCUUUUCAGUCUUUUGAACUCGGAAAAAUGUUUCUAACAGAACAGAAAAAACCUUUUGUUGUUGCUAGAAGAAUGAAUGAGUAAAAAGCAACAAAAUAGAAACAGCAAUAUCUACCUUUCUUUUUCAUACUCACUUCUUUACUUGAUUAUAUAUAUGGUCUCUUAACAACAGAAGGUGUAAUCAAUUAAACAAUGACUGAAUCCAAAAACGUUUGCGUAUGUUUGCAUUUUAUCGAAAAUGAUUGCCAGUUAUAAAUUUUUAUUCGCUAGGCUUCACCGUGUCACAUUUUACUGAUACCACUCACGGUGAAUUAUAAGACAAUUCAGAAUACUUCGGAUUAUCUUCAAAAGUUCUGUAGGUAGAAUUAUUACUAAUGUUAAGACUAGGAUAUAUUUUCUAUUAUUUUAGAUCCACAAUUGGAUACUGGACAAACAGUUAUAAUUCGAACGUUGUAUGAUUACGUGUCCAAUAAUGCACCGUUGAUUCCGUUCGGAAAUAUAUUAUCAAAACAAGAUCCAGAAUUAUGGAUUGAAUAUAUAUGUGAGUUAUGUCCGAUUCGAUUUUAUGUGAUUGGGGAUGAUAUCACAUAUCAAAAUAACUGGGCCAAACAUAUGCUCAACUAUGAUUUAGAGAAGAAUAAAAAAAACGACUUAGAGUCUCCAAAUAUAUGGAAAUGUUUACUGAAGGGAGAAAUUAAACUUGAAAGCAUUCAAGCAAUAGAGGGAUUAGAAUUUUAUUUGGAAACUGUACCUCUACUCUUAUUAGACGAAAUUAAAGAUUUACCUAUUGAGCUCUCUGGUGCUAUUCACUGUGCUGAUUCAACGCUAAAGAAACGUUCGGAUAGUAUAACAUCAAAACUAUACCAAUGGUUCAAAACAGCUGUUCAAUCUCAACGUAUAAAAUUAAAUAACGGUACAGUAAUUGUGACCAAUCCUGGAAAUUUUAAUCAUCCAAUACAAGAUCUUGUUACGCCAAACAUCAACGAUUAUAAUUACCCAGUAUUAUGUACCCAAAUGGAUAUCGAACCAUACGUGCGACAUUGUUCUCAACCACUCGUGUACUUGAACUAUUCUGAUUGUAAUGAACAAGAAAAGAAUGAUGCACUACAACUAAUAGAAAAGGAUCUUGGAAAUGAGAAGUUCAAAAUCAUUGAUUAUUCACAUUAUCCAAACUGGAGAACAAACCCGAAUAUGUUAAUACUUAUAAAUGAAGAUGCUCUGUAUGUCAUUACUAUAUUUGGUACUGAUUCAGCAAAGACAGAUGAAAAUCAGCUUGCCAAAAGAGUUUACGAUUUUAUACCAAAAAAUCGUAUGUCAGAGAUCAAUUCACAAGGUCAUCUAUGUCUACGCGUUCCUGAAACACAUGAUUAUCGUUAUCUUGUUUCGUACGCCUACAUCGCGUAUGUACAUUGUACGCCGAAUGAAAUCGAAAAAUUCAACGAACUGUUAGAAAAACUUCAAAACCAAAUUGGGCCUAAUUAUCGGUUUGCUACUUAUAGGAACUACGAAUUUAUCAGAAAUUUUGGUUUAAUCAUUGAUACUAUUAAACGAAAUUCGGUUUAUUAUAUUAUUGUGAGAGGAUCUCAGUACGAGUCAACAAAAGGUUCUAUAAAUCGCGAAGAUGUUGUUGCUCAAUCCUUAGAAAAUUAUAUACAAGCAAAUCCAGAAUGUACAGGUUUUGUAUUCCGUUAUUCAUAUGAAGAUAAAACAUUAUUGAGACAUCCAACAGUUUUGAUUUACCAAAAGCUAGCCAUAAAAAACCUGUUUGACAGUGUACGUUGUACACUCCUUGUGAAACAAAUCAAUUUGGUGUAUAAACAAAUGGCAUUUGUAUACGACUUACACUGUCAACAGUCACAAUCAGAUGAAGACAAACGUCCUGUUUUGACAAUUUAUGUAAGCAGCAAGGCCAAAGAUUCUGAAGACAAGUUCCUGGAAGAUCCGAUCGGAUCCGACGUCGGAACAUGCCAGAAUCCGACAAAAUCUGAUACAAUCCUACCGGAACCAUGUCAUAUUAUGUCGAAAUCUUUGCGCCCGUAUUCCGUGCCGGAAGAUGUCGAUAAUAAUCCGGCCGGAUUCUUCGAGUUCCAGACAUCGAAUGACCUGUUUGACAGUGUACGUUGUACACUCCUUGUGAAACAAAUCAAUUUGGUGUAUAAACAAAUGGCAUUUGUAUACGACUUAUACUGUCGACCGUUACAAUCAGGUAAUCUAUGCUUGGAUAGUUAAAUAUUCUGUGGAGACAAUAAAUCAUAUUUAAUUAUUUAGAUCAUUUAUUCUGAUGAUAAAUUCGAUCGUACUCGGGAAGCUUAAUAAAAUAUUGUCUGCUAUGCAGAUCAAAACGUCAAUUUCAUUCAACUGAACUUCAUAAUUUCACUGAAAGAAUUUCAUUUUAAGCCGAAAACAAAUGUGCCGUAUUUCUUCUCUUCUAAUAAUUUACUUUUCUUGCUUUCUAAAACACUCUUGUUUUUCACAAAUUUUUCAUAACUUUACAGCGAUUGAAUACGUUUCAAACUGUAACGAAUAUUUUUCUCCAUAGUAUAACGUAACAUGAAUUAAAUUUAUAAUGUCAUUUUUUGACAGAAAGGACGCGGUGCUCAAUAAACGAUCAGACGAAUAUUCAGCCAAAAAUCGAAAGUAAAAUUUUUUCGUAUUUUUAAUAGAAAGAAAAUUGAAUCGAUACCUGACCAACUUAUUGGCAUUAGGAGUGCAUUGGUUUUUUUUUCGUAUUUUUCAAAAAUUCACAAUACAUGGUUUAUACUAUCGUAAAAACGAGUUGCAACAUUUUUUAAAACACUAGUUUUGUAGAGAAAACAUUUCUCUACAAAAUGGUAUAUACUUAGGGCAUACCAAAAGUAGUGGCAGUGGUAUUUUUAUCCCUUAUAGAAAGGUUAAAGAAACUUUCUUUUAUAUAGUCUGAUAGAGAAAAGAAUGUUCUAUUUUUCUAUGCUAUUUGAUC